AUGUCCAUCAUACAUAGAGAUGUGAAGUCUGCUAACAUUUUGAUGGACGAAAACUACACCGCAAAAAUUUCAGAUUUUGGCUCCUCGAUAUUAAUCCCUGUGAAUCAUGAUCAAUUCACUACACAUGUUGAAGGGACGUUAGGUUACAUGGAUCCUGAGUAUAUCUAUACACGUCAAGUUACAGAUAAGGCUGAUGUGUAUGCCUUUGGAGUGGUUCUCACAGAACUCUUGACCGGAAAAAAACCCUUUGAUAGGCAAAGAGAUGAAGAUGAUAUAAGACUCUCAACAUAUUUUGUGAAGGAAACCAACGAAAAUCGAUUGCGUGAGAGUGUUGAUCCUCAAGUUUUAGAGGAGGCAACUGAUGAGCAGCUAAGUGCAGCAUGUGACUUGGUACAUAGAUGCCUUGACCCCUUACGUGGGAACAGACCUAGCAUGCAAGAAGUUACAAUGGAGCUUGAAACAAUAAGGAAGAUGGGUUAG